UGGCAUGUCAUUCAACACCCAAUGUACAUCGUAUCGCUGCGCACCACGUCCACCAAACCUAUUAUACUACUUGACUGGAGAUGCAAAACCCCCAGCUUGAUGUCGAAGCUGCGUUGCCAGUCUGGAACCGUCUCAAUAAUGUCGUCCUCAUCAAUGUGACUCCGCGGCAUGUACCACAACGGGGAGCUGGCCUCGUGGCUGAGAGGGACCUGACUCACGAUAAUACAGGAUUGUCGCCGGCUCUGGCGAGAAUUCCCCGUGAUCUGGUUCUCUCUCACCAGUCAGUGGAAGAGUUUACCAAGGUCGACGGGCACUUUCGAGAGUUGCUGGAUGCUGCUGGGCGCAAGUCCGCCAGGAUUGAUGCUUGUCUUUUUCUCCUCGCCCAGUGGGUGCUAGGCACCCAUUCUCGGCCCCCGCCCGGCUCUGAGACCAGCACCGGGCCUGUCCACACGCCGUGGGCUGAGUACACAAGGUUCUUGCCAGGCCAUGUGCCUGUUCCCACGAUGUGGUCGGACGCCGAACGCCAGCUCUUACGUGGCACCUCUCUCGAGGCCGCCCUGACCGCCAAGAUUGAGACGUUGACGGACGAAUUCGAUAGACUCCGUACUGCGUCGUCCGACCUCCCGUUUUGGAAUGCUCUCUUUUGGGACGACAACAGGGUAACCCGAGCGGACUGGUUUCUCGUCGACACCUGGUACCGGUCUCGGAGCCUGGAAUUGCCGUACCUGGGAGUAUGCAUGGUGCCCGUGCUGGACCUGGCGAAUCAUUCUUCCGCUCCCAACGCCUAUUACGACGAGGAUUGCGAUGAGCAGUCGGCUGGGGUCAAACUUCUCUUGCGACCAGGGGUGAGCAUUUCGGCUGGGGAGGAAGUGACGAUCUCGUAUGGGGAAGGAAAAGCCGGGGCAGAGAUGCUGUUCAGCUAUGGAUUUUUCGACCCCACACGAUCAACGAACUAUGUCACGCUACCGCUGAUGCCGUUGGAAGACGACCCCCUGGGGAUGGCCAAAGUACACGUCUUCGACGGGCCGCGUACGGUGCAGCUUGGCCGGACGACCGGCAGCCACAGCGAGGUGACCUGGGAGAGCCCUUUCGCUUGGCUACUUUGCCUCAACGAGGAAGAUGGCCUGGCAUUUCGAAUCCUACAGGACACCGGGGGAAAUCGGGAGUUAAGGGUCCUCUGGCAGGACGAAGACGUGACUGGCCGGAUCGAGGCCCUGGAGGAGCUCGCCAGCAGUCACCCGCUCUACGAUGUCUUUAAACUCCGUGUCGUUACUGUAUUGGAGGAGCGGGUAUCUGCCCAGUUAGAGCGAGUGCAAACUGACUUCUUCCCUCCGGACGAUGAGAACCUGACUGAGGCUUCGCGGGUGGAGAGGGAAGGUAUUCGCGCUGAAUGCCUCGAGGCAGCAAAUGCUUUAAGAGGGCAAGAGGCUAGCGUUCUGGAGGCAGCGGUCCGAACAUUGGAAAAACAGAAAUCCCAGCUCCUCGCGGCUAAGACGGUGGUGGCAUAUCUCGGAUCGAUGGAAGUUUCCCAAAGCGAACAAGCGGGAGAUACUGCGUCCAAUCAGAGUGAUGAUUUCAGUUGAGAGUUAUGGGGAGCCAUGUGGCUUUUAGACCAGGACAAAGCUUGGGGGAAGAUGACCCGCGACCGGGCAAAUUGGCCGUUCCGGCAAGCGGUUCUUCUCACCUCUAUAACUUCCUUGCUGGUUAAAGGGUCAACUUCUUCUUACAACGUACGAAUAGCUCCUACUGAAGAUAAAAUGAAGUUGUUCUUCGGCUGGUUAAACCAAAACGGAAAACCACGAUAAUAAGAACAAGGAAAUAAAUAAAAGUCAACAAAGACAGAAUGUGUGUGGAAAAUCCCAACGCCACGUCCCAUCUUGGUCACGUUUUGAUGAGGAGGAUUACUCCAUAAUAAUAAGCCGUUGGAAGAUUGGAGGUACAGAUAGCGAGGGCU